AAAAGAAUGAAGGGGUUCAUCGUGUGGGCGCUGCUCUGUGGGCUCGCCGCCGCACAGCACCCCCCUCAGCUGCGGCACGGCAGGACGGCCAUCGUGCAUCUUUUUGAGUGGCGCUGGGCGGACAUCGCAGCAGAGUGCGAGCGCUUCCUGGGGCCCAACGGCUUCGGGGGAGUUCAGAUCUCGCCUCCCAACGAACACAUUGUUCUGAACAAUCCCUGGAGGCCGUGGUGGCAGAGGUACCAGCCCGUGGGCUACAACCUGUGUUCCAGGUCUGGCGACGAGCGGGAGCUGCGAGACAUGGUGGCGCGGUGCAACAACGUCGGGGUCAACAUUUACGUGGACGCCGUCGUCAACCACAUGUGCGGGGCGGCCGGCGGCGAGGGGAACCACUCGUCGUGCGGGACCUGGUUCAGCGCCAGCACCAAGAACUUCCCCGACGUCCCCUACAGCGCCUCGGACUUCAACGACCACAAAUGCAGAACGGGCAGCGGUGAGAUCGAAAGCUACUCGGAUGCAAAUCAGGUGCGCGACUGUCGCCUGGUGGGCCUCCUGGACCUUGCAUUGGAGAAGAACUUCGUCCGGGAUAAGGUGGCCGAGUUCAUGAACGCACUGAUCGACAUGGGCGUGGCCGGGUUCCGGGUGGACGCCUGCAAGCACAUGUGGCCCGGAGACCUGGCCGCCGUCUACGGCCGCCUGCACAACCUCAGCGCCGAGUGGUUCGCCGAAGGCUCCAGACCCUUCAUUUUCCAGGAGGUUAUUGACCUCGGAGGCGAGCCCAUCUCAGCUAGGGAGUACUCCCACCUGGGACGAGUGACUGAGUUCAAAUAUGGCGCCAAACUGGGAACAGUCUUUCGAAAAUGGCACGGCGAGAAGUUGUGCUACACCAGAAAUUGGGGAGAGGGGUGGGGUUUCAUGCCUAACGGUAAUGCCGUCGUAUUUGUCGACAACCACGACAACCAGCGAGGGCACGGUGCCGGCGGAGCGUCCAUCGUCACCUUCUGGGACCCGAGGCUGUACAAGAUGGCCGUGGGGUACAUGCUAGCCCACCCGUAUGGUCUAGCCAGGGUCAUGUCGAGCUUCCGCUGGAACCGCCACAUUGUCGACGGAAAGGAUAAGAACGACUGGAUGGGGCCUCCGAGUCAUAGCAACGGAAGCACGAAGUCUGUUCCCAUCAACCCUGAUCAGACCUGCGGGGAUGGAUGGGUGUGUGAGCACAGAUGGCGACAGAUCAAGAACAUGGUCAUUUUCCGCAACGUGGUCAACGGACAGCCUCAUACCAACUGGUGGGACAACCAGGGUAACCAGGUUGCCUUUGGCCGCGGUAAUCGUGGUUUCAUCGUCUUUAACAAUGACAACUGGGACUUGGACGUGACCCUGAACACUGGCAUGCCCGGGGGCACCUACUGUGAUGUCAUCUCCGGCCAAAAGGAAGGAGACAGGUGCACGGGAAGGCAGAUCCACGUCGGUGACGACAGCCGGGCCCAAUUCCGGAUCGGCACACAAGACGAGGACCCUUUUGUGGCGAUUCAUGCGGAAUCCAAACUGUAA